AUGGCCAGGGUAUUCCACAGGUUUACUCGCGCCACAGCAGUUUCCGUUCCCCACAUGCCCGUGGGCUUCAAUUAUCCAGGAGGCGUUGCUCUUCCCCAGGUCGCCAUUAACCGAAACGGCUAUGGGCAUGUUGGCGAGCUCGUUGCCGGGCAAGCGCUCCACAGUCAGGGCCUUGACGGAGCAGGUGGGAUCACCAAGUCACAUAUUGAAUCGUUGAAGCACAAUUUGAAGCGAGUGGAAGACCAGCUCCAGUACAAUGUCCACCAAAUCGAUGUGAAACACAUGGAGGGCUUAGCAAGGGAGAUUCGUCACUCAAUAAAGGCUUUAGAUGAGGCUCUUCCUCGCCAAUUAGAGUUUGAAGAGAUGCACUACCCUAAAAGCGACAAGAACGAUUCAAGGCAAGGAGGCGCCGCUUUCAACCCCAUGACUUUGCAAGCUACGGCAGGACUCAAUGGAUGCCAUGUUGCUCUCAAGUCGAAUGGAACCCUCGAGCAAGGGGCUGGAAGCCUGAGCAGGGGAAACCGUGGGCUGUUCUCUAUUGAGCAUGCGUUUCCGAGACAUACAAGUUCGGACAGCGAGCAAUUUCGGCAGUUCUCUGGCUUGCCAAUGACUGCGGCUACGGCGGCACCAUUUAGCCCAUCCGUGCAGUCGUUUGGUUUCCAAGUGGGCUCAAGCUCUGAAGAUGGUUGUCGAGAGCCCGAAUCCAAGGACAAUAGCCGAAAGAGUCUCUUAUCCGUCAGUGGAAAAGCGGUUCGUGAAGCGGCGACAGGGAUAGCUAAGAACGAUCAUGGGAGGGCAGUCCGCAGCAAGGCGGGCGUGCUGCAGAGCAAUCUCACCGGGCAAUCCGGUAGCAGCAUUGAACUUACUGAUCGCCAGUCACCUCGGUCGACUCCUUACCUUGUCGGAAGCCUGGCUCCCGGGACACUCACGGCUUCCUUCCCCAAUACGGAGGGCACGCAGCCGCUUCUCUAA